CUGCUCGUCUUCUUCUCUUCCGAGGAGCCUCACCACAUUUUUUUUCCCCCCGUGCCGGCGGCGGAGUGGCGGCGGGACGGUGGACGCGCUGGUCGGACACGCUGGACGCGGAGGGUCCGCUCGGCAGGGGGCAGCAGGCAGACGCCGUCUUCUUGGUCUGCGGCUUCAACUCCAUGGAACCAGCCUUCGGCGAGGUGAACCAGCUGGGCGGCGUGUUCGUCAACGGCCGCCCGCUGCCCAACGCCAUCCGGCUGCGCAUCGUGGAGCUGGCGCAGCUGGGCAUCCGUCCGUGCGACAUCAGCCGGCAGCUGCGCGUCUCGCACGGCUGCGUCAGCAAGAUCCUGGCGCGCUACAACGAGACGGGCUCCAUCCUGCCGGGCGCCAUCGGGGGCAGCAAGCCGCGCGUCACCACGCCCACCGUGGUCAAGCACAUACGGACGUACAAGCAGCGCGACCCGGGGAUUUUUGCCUGGGAGAUCCGGGACCGGCUGCUCGCCGACGGCGUGUGCGACAAGUUCAACCUGCCCUCCGUCAGCUCCAUCAGCCGGAUCUUGCGCAACAAGAUCGGGAACUUGGCCCAGCAGAGUCCCUACGAGGCCGGCAAGGCGCCUCCGCACCCGGCAACGCAGCCCGCGCUGCCUUACAACCACUUGUACUCGUACCCGAGCUCCAAGGUGCCCACGGCCGCUGGAAUGCACACCCUCCCCGGACACAUGGCCAUGCACCGGAUAUGGCCCUCGUCGCACUCCGUCACAGAUAUUCUGGGGAUCCGCUCCAUCACAGAGCAGCAAAACGCGGAGUGGCUCGCCCACAGCGAGCAGCUGUGUCACGGCGCCCAGCAUCCCGGUCUACCGGGGGCCCACCCCGGUGCCGGUGCCCACCCCGGUGCCAGUGCCAGCCUCCACGGCGUGCAGCGGCACCACGUGGGCCUCUGCGACCGCAGCCACGUGGCGGCCGGGCAGUGGCAGCUGUGACGUCAUCAGCCGCCGCUCGGACGCGGAGGACUG